UGCGACUGUAAUAACAAAAAGAUUUAAGAGGCACAUUCUCUCAUUCUUUACACAAGGAAGGAAGAAAAAAGCAAAGCAGAGGAAAUUCUCGAUAUCUCCGAAUCAAAUCUGAGAAAGACGAAGAAGAAGAAGCGAAAUUAGCUUCGAGAUCGAUGUUCGAGGAAUUAGAUGCAUGAAGUUGGAUUACCGGCGGAUCUCAAUUACUUCACGCAGAUUGUUUUGACGCUCGUCUUCCUCUGCAUCGGUCUCCUCUUCUUUGUCAAACGAGCGGCGGCUAAGUACUUCGAGGUCGGCGGCUCCGGUGGUUUCGACAGCGACCACCGCCGUGAUUUCAUGGUUCCCGAAACGGCUUUAUGCGCUGUCUGUGGGAAGCUCUCCACCAAGAAGUGCUCUCGCUGCAAAUCCGUUCGAUACUGCUCUGCGGAUUGCCAAACGUCAGAUUGGAAAUCGGGACAUAAACUGAAGUGCAAGGUGUUUCGGGUUACUGACUCUUCACCGGUUAAAAGAGAUGAUCUCGAUUUCAAAGCUUCUAUCUUUGGGAAUAGAUCUGCUUCUAAGGUUGCAUUGGUUCCUAAGCUAAGCCAAAGCAACGCUAUCAUCAAGCCAACAGAUGUUCUUUUCCCAUACGAGACUUUUGUUGAAUAUUUCAACUCGGAUAAACCUAUAUUGGCUCCUUGUGGGCUCAUCAAUUGUGGAAACAGCUGUUUUGCUAAUGUGGUUCUUCAAUGCCUUUCUUGGACACGCCCUCUUGUUGCGUACCUUCUCGAGAGAGGCCACAAGAGAGAAUGUAGGCGCAAUGAUUGGUGCUUCUUCUGUGAGUUUGAAACUCAUCUCGAAAGAGCAAACCAAAGCCGGUUUCCUUUUUCGCCUAUGAACAUUAUUUCGCGGUUACCCAACAUUGGUGGCAAUCUUGGAUAUGGGAGACAGGAGGAUGCUCACGAGUUGAUGAGGUUUGUAAUCGACAUGAUGCAAUCUGUUUGCCUCGACGAAUUUGGUGGAGAAAAAGUGGUGCCUCCUCGCGCCCAAGAAACAACACUUAUUCAAUAUAUAUUUGGCGGUCUCCUUCAGUCACAGGUCAAGUGUACUGUUUGCAGUAAUGUUUCUGAUCAAUAUGAAAAUAUGAUGGAUUUAACCGUCGAGAUCCACGGGGAUGCGGUAUCGUUAGAGGAAUGUCUAGAUCAGUUCACAGCUAAAGAGUGGCUUCAGGGAGACAACCUUUACAAAUGUGAUAGGUGUAAUGACUAUGUGAAGGCAUGUAAGCGCCUUUCAAUUCGUUGUGCUCCAAAUAUUCUUACGAUUACCUUAAAAAGAUUUCAGGGUGGGAGAUUUGGUAAACUUAACAAAAGAAUUAGCUUUCCCGAGACAUUUGAUCUUGGCCCUUACAUGAGCAGUGGAGGAGAAGGAUCUGAUGUAUACAAACUCUACGCUGUGAUUGUCCAUUUAGAUAUGUUGAAUGCCUCAUUUUUCGGCCAUUACAUAUGCUACGUUAAGGACUUUCGCGGAAACUGGUAUAGAAUAGACGACUCUGAGGUGGAAAAAGUAGAACUAGAAGAUGUUCUUUCUCAACGAGCAUACAUGCUCCUCUACACCAGGGUUCAGACUAGACCAUCAAGUCUUAGAGCAGAAGAAGCUCAAGAUGAGAAGAAAACAGAUACAUUGAACACAGAAUCUAGCCAAGAUGGCUCUGUUGAGAGUUCCGAGGUGGGAGCAAAUGACAGUAGUGUGUCCUCGCUGUGCAAUGGCAUCAUGUCACAUUCAGAAGACCUUGAAUGCAAUAAAGAAUCAUCGUCAUCAUCAUCAUUGUCAUCACCUGUAACUGUCACCGAAAAAGUAAAAGAGGUUGACGAAGAAAGGGUUGAUACAGUAGAUUCAGAGUCAAACUCUGCUGUUGACAUGGAACAGGAUUCUGGAACAGAUCAUCAAGAAGAAGCAGCAAAUGGGAAAGAAGAUCCUACGGUUGAGUCAUCUUGUUCGGACAUUACUACUUCAUCUCCAUCUGCUGCUACAGAGUCCAAAUACUCAGAGAAAGAAGAUUCAGACACCGAGAUGAUGGAUGAAUGAUGCUCAAUGAAUCCAAAAGGGAUGGUGAGGACUCGCGACAUUUUUCAUGGCUCUUGAAAAUCGUCAAGGGAGCUUCUAACUUAACAAUAAAAUUACUUUAGACGCUGCGACUUCUGGUGCCUGAACGAUAUAUAUAUAGAAAUUGGGAAUCUCCAUGUUUAGAAGAAACCUUAGGGUUCUUAGUGGUGAAUUUCUCAAGAUUGGUACUUAGUGAUAUGAGAUAGAAACUUCAGGAUCCGGAAGUACGUAGGUAAGUUAUUCUUUUGAUGUUAAAAUAGAUUUUACCAUUGAACCCAAAACUCUCAUAGAAAGAAAGAUUAAUAGAGGGAAAAGUGACAAUUUUUGUGUUUAUUUUUUGGUUUGGAAAUUACAGGGCCAAGCUAAAUUCUGACUUUGGUUGGCUUUCAAUUCAUUUUUUGUUUUGGUAUUGUGGUCACAAUAGUAAUUUAAUUUUAACUCCGAA